AUGCGGAGGUUCGCCUACUGUAAGGUGGUCCUGGCCACGUCUCUGGUGUGGGUGAUGCUCGACAUGUUCAUCCUGCUUUACUUCAGCGAGUGCAACAAGUGCGACGACAAGAAGGAGCGCGGACUUCCAGGGAGAGACGAGGCGCUGGUCAAACCACGAGACGGGCCCGGUGAAGGGGGCAAACCGGUGGUCAUCCCAAAAGAAAACCAGGAGAAGAUGAAAGAAAUGUUCAAAAUCAACCAGUUCAACCUCAUGGCCUCGGAGAUGAUCGCACUCAACCGAACACUGCCGGACGUGCGCUUAGAAGGGUGCAAGAACAAGCUGUAUCCGGAUAACCUUCCUCGCACCAGCGUGGUCAUCGUGUUCCACAACGAGGCCUGGAGCACGCUGCUGCGGACGGUCCACUCCGUGAUCGACCGCUCGCCGCACACGCUGCUGGAGGAGAUCGUGCUGGUGGACGACGCUAGCGAACGAGACUUCCUGAAGCGUCCACUGGAGCAGUACGUUCGCAGGCUGGAGGUACCGGUGCGAGUGGUGAGGAUGGAGCAGAGGUCGGGGCUCAUCCGUGCUCGACUUAAAGGGGCGUCCCUCUCUACAGGACAGGUCAUCACAUUCUUGGAUGCUCAUUGUGAAUGCACGACAGGAUGGCUGGAGCCUCUGCUGGCACGCAUCCGUCAGGACAAGAGAACAGUGGUGUGUCCCAUCAUUGACGUGAUCAGCGACGACACGUUCGAGUACAUGGCCGGUUCUGACAUGACGUACGGAGGCUUCAACUGGAAACUCAAUUUCCGCUGGUAUCCCGUGCCCCAGAGGGAGAUGGAUCGACGCAAAGGGGACCGCACACUGCCAGUCAGGACUCCCACGAUGGCUGGAGGCUUGUUUUCCAUCGACAGGGACUACUUCCAGGAGAUUGGCACUUACGACGCCGGCAUGGACAUCUGGGGAGGGGAGAACCUGGAGAUCUCAUUCAGAAUCUGGCAGUGUGGAGGGACACUGGAGAUCGUCACUUGCUCCCAUGUGGGACACGUCUUCAGAAAAGCCACACCGUACACUUUUCCAGGAGGAACGGGCCAAAUUAUCAACAAAAACAACAGGCGUCUGGCAGAAGUCUGGAUGGACGACUUCAAAAACUUUUUCUAUAUCAUAUCUCCUGGUGUGACCAAAGUGGACUACGGUGACAUCACGUCUCGCAGCUCCCUGAGACAGAAGCUCCAGUGUAAGCCCUUCAGCUGGUACUUGGAGAACGUGUAUCCGGACUCGCAGAUCCCCCGACACUACUAUUCCCUGGGAGAGAUCCGUAACGUGGAGACAAACCAGUGCCUCGACAACAUGGCCCGCAAAGAGAAUGAGAAAGUGGGCAUCUUCAAUUGUCACGGAAUGGGGGGCAACCAGGUGUUUUCUUACACUGCAAAUAAAGAGAUCCGAACAGAUGACCUGUGUCUGGACGUGUCCAAACUAAACGGACCGGUCAUGAUGCUCAAGUGCCAUCACCUGAAGGGGAACCAGCUCUGGGACUACGACCCGGUGAAGUUAACGCUGGUGCACGUGAACAGUAACCAGUGUCUGGACAAGGCCAGCGAGGAGGACAGCCAAGUGCCCAGCGUCAGAGACUGUACGCACUCGCGCUCCCAACAGUGGCUCCUGCGGAACGUCACACUGCCCGAAGUCUUCUGA